GUGGGGUUUGCAUUGUUGGAAUGUCGUUUCACCGUGCAAGCCUCUGGUUACUUUUCCGUUAGGUGCCUGUGGUGUCCAGUUGGCAAAUGCCAAUUGGACCCAAGAGGAUAGGACAUAUACGGCGCUGGGAUACCCAGAGAAUUUGCUCACCUUCACUUCAGUUGGUUCCCCUGCUCUUGCUGCACUGCAUCUCCCCCGGGAGCUCAGGCCAGGUCUACAAUGGCAAUGAUCAGCCCUGCCGCCGCCACCGUCGUCGCCGCCAGGCCGGCCCAAGCUCUAGGGCUCCCUCAGCUGAGGGUGACCAGGGCUGAGAAGCUGAGGUGCGCCUACUCCAAGGACGGCAAGGAGGAGGCGGCUGCGGCGACUCCGGCGGUCGUGAAAGGCGUGCCUCUGCUGGCCGCGGCGAGCGCAGCCAUGACGGCGGCGUCCCCGGCGCUGGCGCUGGUGGACGAGCGGAUGUCGACGGAGGGCACGGGGCUGAGCCUGGGGCUGAGCAACAACCUGCUGGGGUGGAUCCUGCUGGGCGUGUUCGGCCUCAUCUGGUCCCUCUACACCGUCUACUCCUCCACCCUCGACGACGACGACGAGUCCGGCGGCCUCUCCCUCUGAAGUCCCGCCACCACCACCAUCUUCCUCUUCCUCCUGCCCGCCUGCCUCAUCCUUGAAAGCUUUGCGUAAUUACCGUCAGCCUAAGCAUGGACGAAUGCUGAGUUACUGAUUACGUAGGAGAAAUGUAAGAUGCAGUAUGUCAGUGUUAAACCGUUUUAACUUGUUGUUUGGAUCUUCAACGCAAAUCUCGUUGCCAGUACUA